CAACUUCAAACGCCAAGUAAUAUAUCUCGGGACUGUAUUUCAGAUUGGACUGCCGAUUUUCCUCUCUCGUGUACUUCUGGUCAGUCUGGGGACGUGAGAAAAGUUAAAAUGAGCAAGUGACUUGGACUUAUUUAGAAAGUAACGCUCAUUACAGAAGAAGGAGCUGUGUCUUCAGUUCUUGUUGCAUCAGGUGGACUAUGCACCUCAACGUUGGUGUCAUCGUUGUGUUAAUUUCAGGAGUGUUUACUAACUUGGUUUGUGGGUAUUCAGAUGACUCGGAGCCAGAGACCCCAGACUGGAGGACCACUUUAAAAACCAUUCGGAACGGGAUCCAUAAAAUAGAUACUUAUCUCAAUGCCGCAUUGGACCUGUUCGGAGGAGAUGAUGGACUGUGUCAUUAUAAAUGUAGUGAUGGGUACAAACCUUCUCCCAGGCCAGGUUACAAACCACCGCCUCCCAAUGGAUGUGGCUCUCCACUGUUUGGAUUUCAUUUUGAUAUUGGAAUCCCAUCUAUGACCAAGUGCUGUAACCAACACGACCGUUGCUAUGACACCUGUGGACAGGAGAAACACGACUGUGAUGAGCAGUUUCAGUACUGUUUGGAGACCAUCUGUAGGAAUGUUCAAAGGACUUUGGGACUUGCUCAGACUGUUCAAGCCUGUGAAUCUGCAGUGACUCUCCUGUUCGAUGCUGUCAUGCACUUGGGCUGUAAACCCUACCUGGACAGUCAGAGAGCCUCUUGCAUUUGCAAAUAUGAGGAGAAAAUGGAGCUCUGAGAGCAGAGGAGAGAGGAGAGCUUGGUCUCAGAAAGGCUGGAGUUCCAUUUUUAAUGCCAUAAGGCCUCUCAGGGAGUAAAGAAAGUAGGGAUUGCUUAUGUGUAUUUGUCAGAAGUCAGAAAUAUGAGGUAGAAGUCACGUUUGAAUAGAGAAUGUAAACCAGUUCAAGUUAUGAACUUUGCCAUUUGUUUUUUUUUUUUUAAAGAGGGUUAAAGUGUUGGAAUGUUUCAAAAUGUAAUACAUCCGAAUUUAGAAGAUUUCACAAGUAUGACACACAGAGGGAGACAGUAACUUCACAAUACCGCUGGCCUUCGAGGGGUUAUGGGUGCGCGAGCUUGUUCAGUUAAAUGAUGGCUUUAAAUAUUAUCGCUAAAUUCAACUUCCUGAAAAAGCGCCCGAUGGAUUCGCCAGUUGUAGGAAAAUGGGCUCUCAGUGUAGUGUUUCUCUCUAUACAUUACAUUUCUAACGGCGAUUAAUAGGUUCCUGUUUUUUAUAUACUCCAUGUCAGACCUAAGCUGCUAAUUAUUUCAUGGCGUAGACUUCAAGUGCAAGCAGAAGAGGGCAGUAAAUCUCUAUAUCAAAUGCAGCUGAGGUGCAGCGCUCUGAUUGUUUAAUACAGUUGUUUAAAAUAAAAGUUAAAAUGCGUGACUGUGUAAAUUCGAAAUUGUACAAACAGCUGUUUAACUUGUAUAGACAUUUAAAUAGCGUUUACGUGAUUGUAGUUGAGUAAUGAGACUGACGUUUUAAGCGACG